AUGCAGUAUAUGAGGGAUGUAUGCCACGAACUGCAAAAAAUCUUACAGCAAAAAUUUCGUCCCGAUUGUCAACUGACGCUUUUCGGUUCAGCUGGAAAUGGCUUCGGUCUGAUAGGCUCCGAUGCAGAUAUGUGUCUUCAGUUCGGUGCAGAUGUCAAGCCUGACGAUCUCUGCGCUGCACUGGUAAUAACGGAGGUUGCUAGGGUGUUGCGCAAAGUGUCGCAUAUCUCACAAGUUACAGAAAUUCCACACGCCAAAGUUCCAAUUGUGAAACUUCGGUAUCACGGCCGACAGCUUAUGGAUGCUGAGUAA